UUUGCUUUGUCUGCAAGACAAAUGUGAUUUGGGCCGGAGUCAAGAAUCGAACCUUCUCCGCUUGCCACACCUUCACAGACUGACCAUGCAGUGGCACCAAGCAGUCACCAGCUCUUUCUAGCCAGGUCUGGAGGAUCAUGACGGAUGAUACUACUAUUGGGAAAUUUGGCUGUUUUCCUUGGGAAUAAAAGAGUGAACAAUGCCCCCAGAACUGGAGAUUAUUCACCCCUCUGCGGCCAUUUGAGGAGCUCCAAUUCAAAGAGGCGCUUCUCUUCUUGAAACUCCAGAGUGGAGGUGCCUUCCAAUGGCAAUCCGUCCUGAGGGCGAAGCUCGGUGAGGGCAGAUCACCCUUUGCAGAAGGGGCCCUGGGGUGUGUGUGCCGGUGUGUGUGCUCACACACAAGGCACUAGGACCUAGGAGGAGUCCCGGCAAAUCUGGCAGGAAUUUCUUGCUUGGAGCUCAGACAACAAAGGCAGAGUGUGGCUGGCUUUCUCUCUCUCAGCAUCUCCACCCUGCAAGAGCUGAAAACCGCUUCACAUCUUCAGGGCUCACCGAGCUAUGGAACUUGAUUUUGGACACUUUGACGAAAGAGACAAGGCGUCCAGAAACAUGCGAGGCUCCCGGAUGAACGGCCUGCCGAGCCCCACUCACAGCGCCCACUGCAGCUUCUACCGCACCCGGACCUUACAAGCUCUGAGCAAUGAGAAGAAAGCCAAGAAGGUGCGCUUCUAUCGCAACGGGGACCGCUACUUCAAGGGCAUUGUGUACGCCGUCUCCGGAGACCGUUUCCGGAGCUUCGAUGCCUUGCUGGCUGACCUGACCCGGUCCCUGUCCGAUAACAUUAACCUGCCUCAGGGAGUGCGCUACAUUUACUCCAUCGAUGGCAACAGGAAGAUUGGGAGCAUGGACGAGCUGGAGGAAGGUGAAAGCUAUGUCUGUUCCUCUGACAACUUUUUCAAGAAAGUGGAGUAUACCAAGAACGUCAACCCUAACUGGUCCGUCAAUGUGAAAACCUCCGCCAGCGUCAAGGCACCCCAGUCUCUGGCCAGCAGCAACAGUGCCCAGGCCAGAGAGAACAAAGAUUUUGUGCGGCCCAAGCUGGUGACCAUCAUCCGCAGCGGGGUGAAGCCGCGGAAGGCUGUCCGGGUGCUCCUGAAUAAGAAGACCGCCCACUCCUUCGAGCAAGUCCUCACCGACAUCACAGAAGCCAUAAAGCUGGAGACAGGAGUGGUUAAGAAGCUCUACACCCUGGAUGGGAAGCAGGUGACCUGUCUCCACGAUUUCUUUGGGGACGACGAUGUCUUCAUUGCCUGUGGUCCAGAGAAAUUCCGAUAUGCACAGGAUGACUUUUCUCUGGAUGAAAACGAAUGCCGCGUCAUGAAAGCAAACCCUCCAACUACUCCAGGCAGCAAGUCGUCUCCAACUCCACAGAAGAGUUCGGCAAAAAGCCCGGCUCCUGUCCGCCGGAGCAAGUCUCCUGCUGAUUCAGGUAACCAUCUGGAUGCAAAUGGCACCUCCAGCAGCCAACUGUCGACACCCAAAUCGAAGCAGUCCCCCAUCUCCACACCUACCAGCCCAGGAAGCCUCCGUAAGCACAAGGACUUGUACCUGCCUCUAUCCUUGGAUGACUCGGAUUCCCUGGGAGACUCCAUGUAAAGGGACCCUGCUCCCUGUGUCCCUAGUACACACUCUCUUUUAGAUACCCUGAGCAGCACUUCUGCCAAACAAAGCAGAGAGGUCAUUGGUGCUUGCCAAUCAAUCCAAGGACACAAAAGUAAUGUUUUUCCCCCCCUUCAUUUUCUCCUAUGGUUUUAUUCCUCCUCUGUGCCACAAAGUCAACACUUGCCCACCCAUGGAGAUAAAGGGAUGCCAACUGUCUGAGUAACUUCAUAGGAAAGGAAAUGACCGUUACUGGCCAUAGGAAGCCAAUGAGUUCAUGGCCCCAUCUUUCUCCAUGUCUGUAGUCACGGAAACAUUUUCCUCCCUUUUUACAAUUGUUCUUUUAGCAAACGUCACAAUUCUGUCUGUAGGCCAAGAGGGAAACAGGUAUACCCACCAGCACAUUUUCCAAAAACCAAUGGAUACCAGCAACUCUGCAAAUAAUAAUAAUAAUAAUCUGUUUCCAAAGUUAUGUCUCUGAGUUGAACCCUUUCUCCAGCCCCUGACCUUAAUUUAUUCAUGACCCAUGGGAGAAAAGUCCAUUAUUUUGAUCGGUUUUCUGCACCAGAAGGAUUAAACAGCAUUAAAGAAAUUUAAAAAGUGAAAUGUCGUAACCGUCUAAACUGGAUGCUGGCAUACAUUUUAAUGCUAUGCCUGGACAGUGUGGAAUUUUAACAAGCGUGUAAAUAUAUAGGACUGAUAGUAGAAACCAGCCCGGUUAAUAUGAAGUUACUUGAAUGGAGGAAUGGUAUCCCUCUAUCUCUGUGGAAAUGGUGAAUGCCUUGUAAACAGCCAACACUGAAAACACUGUGAGCGUUUUGCUUUCAGCUCUCUUUUACAAUACCUUUGGGUUCCUUUUUUAAUAACAAGAAAUCACUAGACUUUUGUAGUGAUUUUAUAGAGGAAAGCAAAUACUUUUAGCCGCGUUUUGGAAAAAGAGUCAAGACUUUAGGCUCCUUUUUUAAAGUAACAAAAAGCUGGUGACUUUCUUUUGCUUUUAAAAAAAAUAACAAAGAUACAAAAAAAAAGAGAUCAUCCUAAGACGUUGUUAAGAAGUCACUGCCAAAAUGAGACCAGGAUUACACAACCAACAGGGAAGGGCUUGAAUGGUAGGUGGAUAAGGGAUAUUGCAAUCCAGUUAAUUUGUGAGAGUAUUUUUAACAUUAUGACACAUUCAUGUUUCUAUAUUAUUGUAAUCUUAACAAGGUGAUAGAACUCUGAGGAUGUUCACAAUACAGUAUUUUAAUGACACGUUGUAAUAGAAGGAGAGACUGCAAGGGUCUUUCCAAGCUUUCAUCACAACUGAUGCAAAGUUCACAGUUUUGUACAUAAUUGGCCAUUUCCCCCCCCAGGCUGGCUAGAGGCACCAACUGGUCCAUCUUACCUUAUUCCCUAUUAUUAUUGUUGUUAUUAUUAUUAUUAUUUUGGAGAAUAAACUUUGGGUACUUUGGCAAAACGAAAUCAGAGCAACACCAUACAGGCCAACCUUUGGGGCUGUGUUUAUGCUCUGCAUUAGAUUUCUUUGCAACCUAUUGUGCGUUUAGAAUGUAUUAAGGCAACUGUGUGUUUUCUGGGAGUUCUUUUUUUUUAAGUGUUUUCCUUUUGUGAUUUCUUUUGGGUGGGUUUUCCUUUAUGAGCUGCCUUUGCCCAUUUACUCAAAGUGAAAAGGUGCGAAGAAAAGAAUAAGACGAAUCCUGGAGUAACACUGUGUAUUGCUGGUCUACUCAAUGGACUUUAAAGAGGAAAACUGAGCACGGCUAUUUCUCCAAAUUGUUAUGUGUCGAUUGGUGAUUCAUCCUUGCAUUUUUGCCACUGGCAUCUUUGAGAUUCAUUUUGGUGACAAAGUAAACCAGCCAGGUUUUAUGACUGGAUGUGCCCAAUGGCUGCAGUUAACCGAUAGCCUGCAUCCUAAGAGCUCGCGUUGCUCUACCAAACUGUUCCUGAGCAACAAUCUUGUCAUUUGGCUUAUGUCACUUCAGAAGAGUCAGCAUUCAUGUUACGUUCCUGGUCAGAUCCCUCCUAGAGAUGACUGGCCUUGAGGGCAAAGCACAGGGACACAACUCUAGAAGAGUUCCCUGAUGUGUGUUUGAAAUCUGGCAGAUGUGUUGUAUGAAUUGGAGCAGGUCUCUUUCAUUUCUUGGUGCCUCAAUUUACCUUAUCUGUCAAAUAGGGACAGUAAUAUUUCUCUACCUCACAGGGAGGGAUGGGAGGCUGGCUUCAUGUGUCCUGUCGAGAAUGCCGUCCAUACUUUGGGGUCCACUGGUGAGGAGAUGUGCUCCCAUCUCCUAGGGGGUGCAUUGACAAAGACAUUGGUGCCCAUCAAGUCCACCAACAGCUUCCUGGGAUUAUAACUUAGAAGGCACUCCAAGCAGAUGGUUCUGACACUGAACCCCUCCGUGUGCGCAGUGAGCUAUUAAGGCCGCCAGGUUCAGAAGUAGGGAAGCCUUAUAGGCUCACUGAUCCCACCCCCCAACAGCAGGCAAUGGGGCCACUGUACCCAGACGAGGCUCUGAAGGGGGCAUCCGUGUAGCAUCGGUUGUGACCUGUGAAGGCCACUACUCCAGUCAACUUGGAAAUAUGUGUUGCUAGUCACUUUGCAACUUCCCUCCAAUGAUAGUCAGUCUUCUCUCAGUCUUGAAUGACCCUCAUAAUCUGUCUUUGAACCUGACCAGAGAACAUGCACUUGGCUAUUUUCUCCCCGUUGAUUAUUUUAAUAAUAUGGAGUAGUUACGGGAAUGGUACUCCACCCCGUGUCUGAAGGUCACAUCCAACCCAAGCUCUAGUUGUUCAAGAAGCAAUGUGUCCAUAUUGAACUGAGCAAGGCUCAAUAACACACCGACUCCCUCUGCUGCGCUCCUCUGCCCCAAACAGACGUUGCACACACUUGGGUCCAGUCCAUUGGAUGGCUCUUCUGGUGAUGAAGUCUGUUCAGAUAGCAAUUGUACUGUAGAGUCUUUUGAAUGUUGUACUUUGCUCUCCAUGCUCCAUUGAGUUCACAGGAGACAAAAACCCGGUUGUUUGCUGUUCACCCUGAUAGCUAAAUGGAACAUGUCUCUGAAUGCCAAAGGCUGGGAACAAUUUAUAGGGGAGAACCCUGCCUUCAUCCCCAUAUUGUAAGAUUUUCCAGAAGCUGGCCUCUGUUGGAAUAUGGAACGUUGGAUGAGAUGGACCUUUGGUCCAUUCCAACAGCAUUUUUUAAUUCUUCUAUAGUUAAGUAGAUUAUUGUUUACAUGAAGUAGAUUCCCCCUUUCCCCAUGGACACUUCAUUUCUUUACACAAAAGAGUUACAGCGUAGAAGCAUGUCCCUUCAAUUGCACUUAGUAGUGACAUCUCUGAACCAAGAAGCCUGGACCCUCGCCCGAUGUGUGCCGAUGCGCUCAUUGCUCUUCUGGAAAAGAGAAAAUAGAGGGUCAAGGCUUUUGUAAGGGUUCCUGUUGUCACACGUUGCAUUGGCAAGCAGAAAGGCCUAGUCUAUGGAAGACUGGAGAGGCCUGGUGAAAUGCAAGUGAAGGUUCUUUUUUCCACAAGGAAAAGAAAAGCCAUUCAAGAGCCACAGACGCAAAACAGGGUAAAGGACCAGACUCCCAGGUUUUCAAAGCUAUUCUUCAGGUAAAAAGUUUCUUGAACUGUAGGUAGAAAAAUCAGUAAUCAUGUCAGAUGUAAAACUGCUUGUAUAGUUGAUGUUGCAUGAAUCUUUGUACAAAGAAAUAAAAUGCAUGCCGAAUAGCAGUACACACAAUUCUAGCUGUGUUCAGCUCCAACUCUCAGCCCAAGAUAUGACACAAUGUGGGGCAUUGCUCAUAUGCCUCACGUCAGGUACGGAAAAGGUGGGAUGGUGUCCUCAUUCCUAGCAGUUGCAGUUGCUGUCCAAAAUGGUGGUUUCUCCAUAUCUUCUAGCAGAAGUGGAUACUUUACAUUGGCCUAUUUUGCUGCAUUAUGGAUAGGGUUGCCCAGUUGAACAUGGGUUGGGUCUCAUGGACCUCUAAUUCUUAGCAGAUCUUGGAGCAGGACAAGGUACAUAAAGCUCUACCAAGCAGAAUGGAAGUAACUUUCUUCCUGAAUCAUCCAUAUCCAGCUAUCAGCUGCAGGCACAUCCUUGUUGCUAUUUCAAUGUUGGGACCCAAUGAUGUCCAGCUCUGAUCUUGUUGCUAUUUUCUCCUCCUGCUGUUGAGAGGGGACAACUGCUAUUGACCAUUAGGGUUCAAAAGAUGAAGGAGGACAAGUUCCCUUGUCCUGCUCAAUAGUUGGUUCAGGAUUCAAAUAUCUGGAGCCCCAUUCCACAUCCAACCUGGCAAUCCUAAUCAUGGAAGAUGAUGGUUAGUGUUGUAGGAUGUACAUCUUCAUGGUGGCAUGGGUCAAGUUUGUGGGGUCAUAAAUACAUUUGAUGUCAAUUAGUGUGAGGGCCAGAUUUCUAAUUUGAGAGGAGAGGGCUUUAUAGAGUUUCACUUACAUGGCUGUUAAUUUCUAGCUUAGGUUUGAGAAGAUGUAACAUUUCAAGUCAAUCAGUUUUGGUUUAGCACUUAUCCAUGAGAGUGAAGCUAGAAGUGUGAAGGGACCAUCUGCCCUAAAGCUAUUUGCGCUCCAUACAUCUCUAUAUGCUGAAAGAGCGUACAUGAGAAAAUGGAGCACUGAUCCUAGUUCCCCCUGCUAAGGCGUUAAAAGUGAAUGCUUGCCCCAAAACGCAGCAGUCAGACUUCCCUUUUCCUUCCUCUCUCUCUCUCGCUCACAUAUUUUACCUCCAAACCCAACCAUGUUUCAUCAAAAAAGAUAAUUGAAGGGGACAAUGGCAAUACCAGCAUUAUGCAAUAAGCACAGGAGAUAGAAGUUGCAGCCAAAAUGCAAUGUCUGUUGUAUUUAUCUUUUAAUAUAUAAAUAUUUCUUUUUUAAAAGAGAGGCUUUCACAUUUACCCUUUUUCCAUUUCCCAAAAUGAAGAGGAAUAUUACCAAGGGGUGCUUUGAACAAUGAGGGAAUGCAUUGGGCCCUGCAUUGUUGAAAUGGCCAAGAGGACCUAGAUGGAAUUAGAAUUAGGGAUGUGAUGUGAAUCCAUCCAAGGAUUAAUGUUAAAACAGAAGGGCACAGCAGUAAAGAGAUGAAUCUGUUUUUCUCCUUACUGGUAGGCAUCUACAAGCAUUGGAAGGCUGGCUAUCAGGAGGGCAAAGUCAUCUUUCUGUGGGUCCAAUUAAUGACAGUCUGACAGAGGAGAGAGAUUGAGGGCUGCUUCACCUUCACCUGUUUUUAUUUCCUUGGCUGCUGGAGCAUUCCUAAUUUUCCUAAACAAGAUGGCUUGGUGCGACCUCUUAAAAUGAUCGCCUUAAGGUUACAGGGAAGGCAGGUAGCAAUCCUGGAUCUGCAUGCUCUUCCACUGGGCCCUUCUGCAGUGAGCUACAAUGCUUCCCUUCCAUCUCAAGUGUCAGUAUGGAGUGGAAAUGUGCUCUGAGAUUUAGUCAGAAGUUUAGUAGAACUCAAGUUGCUCCUGACACAGAAAAAAAAAGUAGAGCUGCCCAAGGCACUGAACUAUCCAACUCCAUUUUUUUUCAUGAUUUGAGAAACUGCAAGUUGCUUCUGCUGUGAGAGAAUUGGCCGUCUGCAAGGACAUUGCCCAGUGGAUGCCCAGAUGUUUUGAUGUUUUACCAUCCUUGUGGGAGGCUUCUCUCAUGUCCCCGUACGGAGCUGGAGCAGAUAGAGGGAGCUCAUCUGCGCUCUCCCCAAGUUGGAUUUGAACUGGCAACCUUCAGGUCAGCAAUCCAACUUUCAGGUCAUCAGUCCUGUCUGCACAAGGGUUUAAUCCACUGCGCCAUCAGGAGCUCCUUCCAACUCCACUAAACCUAGCACCUUGAAUGGGUCUUUUUGGAUUUUACUGCCCUUGCUAUAUUCUAAAGUGGAAAUGACUUUGAAUCAAUCAGACCCGGUAUGACUCCAUUUCAUUUUUGGAUCUUCUAUCCUCAGAUCCUAUGUGAGUUGUCUUUUGAAUCAAAAUUGGUAUUCUAUAUCCUUUCCUGACCUCCUCGCUUCUCCAUAUCUUGUUGUCUUACGAAGCAGAGCUUUAAAGAGCACACACAAAGAAGUGUCUCAUGUUGACUGCAUGGCUAUCUCUUGCCCAUUUUCUUAUUUGUAAACAAGCAAGCCCUCUGUAGCGCAGUGGAUUAUACCACUGAGCUGCUGAGCUUGCUGAUCAAAAGGUCGGAGAUUUGAAUCCAGGGAGAGGGGUGAGCUCUUGCUGUUAGCCCCAGCUUCUGCCAGCCUAGCAGUUCGAAAACAUGCAAAUGUGAGUAGAUUGAUAGGUACCGCUCCAGCAGGAAGGUAACAGUUCUCCAUGCAGUCAUGCCAGCCACAGGACCUUGGAGGCGUCUAUGGACAACACUGGCUCUUCGACUUAGAAAUGGAAAUGAGCACCAACCCCCAGAGUUGGACACGACUGGACUUAAUGUCAAGGGAAAACCUUUACCUUUACUAAGCAAACCUUCCUUUGGCAGACAUAGCAAGAAUGCUAGGAAUGUCCCAAUGCCAUCUGUGUGGACCAGCACUGCCUCCCAGGAUCCACCAUUCCUUUGUUUAUGGCUGUUUGGAGAAUCGGCAACUGAAACGAAACCGGAUGGCAGGUUCCUAUCUAGACCUUCUGAGCUGAUUUUGUAUUAUUUUCCCCUUUGUUCAUAAAAAGAAAGCUGCAAUAUAAUAUAACAAAGAGGCCAUGAUGUAUUUUCUUCUAUCAUUGUCUGUGUUAGAUGGGGUUGAAAUUUUAGAAAAGCAUGGGAAUUUUAAAAGAAGUUAAAGAAAAAAUCAAGGCGGGGUUUAAAGUUUAGCUGGCAUACUUUAAAUCCUUUGUACAGAACCUUGAUGGAUGCGUCCUUUGUAGGAGUUGUUGUAUUUUACAGGGUAGGUACCUUUCCCCCCUUUAAAUGACAUAUUUAACAAAUGGGUGGUUGUAAAAACAGUUAAUUCAAAUUAAGGGAGUUUUUAAAAACUAUCUAACAGAUCAACUUAAUAUUUAACUUUGGCAGGCUUUUUUCCUAACCUUAGAAGGAAUUCCAACUUAGUACUAUGUGAUAUGUGGGGGAGGAAUUUGCAUAGUUUAUAUAUAGCUAGGAACUGUAUUUUUUCCUCCAAUCGAGACCAUGUCCCGUUGAGCAGAUCACAUUGUUGUUUUUUUUUUCAUUUCAUUGACAGGCAUUUCCGGCAUCUUAAACCUUAAAUCAUCUCAAUGGGAAUGGUGGGACUGAAGUGUAGAAAUAGGUUGGCAUUGGUUGAGACUGUGUGGAGAUGUUAGUUCCCUAAGUCUCAAAAAAUAUUGGAUUGAACCACUGUUCAAUGAGAGGAACUCAUUUGAGCAGACAUACCUGAAUGGGGGACAACUUGGCUUCCAUCCAGUUGUUCAUCUUAACUAGAACAGAUCCAUUGCAUAAACAUGUUUGUCAAUAUCAGUGUUGUCGAUGCAAUGGCUCUAUACUACCUGAGGUGAGCAAUCUGAUUUAGGGCUCAUAGGUCCAAAUGGAGAUUAUGUCACUUUCUGGACAUCAGGCAAAAUAAAGAGGACAUGCAGGAUUUUAUAUGAAGUGAAUCUAUCAGUGACCAGUUAUGUGGGUGUUAGUUUUUUGCAUGCUGGCUCUCAGAAUCCCUCUGGCCAUGCUGCUUGAAUCUGAGAUUUGUGUCCCCAAAAGUAACUUGUAUUGGUAAUCUGUUGGGAUAGAACUGGUGGGACAUUCGAGGUUCUCUCACCUAGAUGUUCACGAAGGACCAAAUCCCAAGAGCCAACAGCUUUGGUGUUCCUUUGAGCAUCUUGCUAUUGAUGUACUCCUGCCCAUUAUAAAUAUAUGAUCACAUAGAAGGGUCAUCAAACAGUCUUCAUCUAUUUGAUUUGUUCUUUCCUUUUCUGAGAUUGUGCAACAUGGUCCUAGAAGGAAAGGAGUCACAACUUGGCAAUUGGAGCAGGAUGCUUCAGGGCUUUCCCAAAUAUGGUGAUGGUCAAGCUUUAGUUAGUUGCUUUACAACAUCCUUACAGUUAUCAUUUGCAAAAGAUGCUUCUCACUUAAGAACACAUGGAUGUCUAUCCACACCUUGUUUUCCUGAUCUACCAGUUGUGUAUUUCUAGCAUUUCCAGCCUGACCAUAUGCUUGUGUUUCUUCCAUGAUAAGCAUUAGCCAUGUUUUCCACCUGGACCAGAGACUGGUUUGUGUGGACUGAAAUCUUCACUGCAAGGUGAUUCAAGGUUCAGUCACAUGGGAAUUGUAGUAGCUUCUAGGAGAUCUAAAUAUGAUAGUAUUCACAAUUUUCAGAAAUACUAUGACUAGGAAAUGAUGUGGUUUCAUGACAUCUCUCUUCUAACCAUGGUAUCACUGGUGGUCACAGACCAUUCUCAGGUAUUGAGCUGACACCUCGUUUCAAUGAUUCUCCCUGAAGAAAGUGGUUCCACCUCCAUCUCUGUGAGGGAAAUCCACCUUUUUUUCUCCACCUUCCUCUUGGGGAAUCUUGACAUUGUCCACCUCCCUGGUCAACCAUUUUUGGAGGUCCCAGGCCCAAACGUCUCAUUUUUGCAAUACCUUGCAGCUCCAAGCUCACGAUUCUGCUCUCCUCUUUCUCGUGUUCAUGUUCUUUGAACGGAACCUGCGUUCUCCAUUUGUGGUGGGUCAUUGAGCUUUCUGUCCACCUUUUGUGCCAUUCAACUUGUACAGGAAAAAAAUUAACUUUUUAUUGACGUUUUAAGUGGGGGGUGUGGGAGGGAGAAGGGUCUUUUUUAUUUAAAGAGAGAGAGAAAGGCUUCAAUUCCACAGCUAGAGGUAGAACUAGGAGACUUAGCUGACAGAGGUCAAAUAGUGGUGGUAGUUGUAGACAUUGUCGCUUGCUAGCCAACAAGCUUUUGAGAGUAAAUGCAUGGUGCUGACAUUUCAUGGCUCCCCCUUUCCCCCCUUUGUUUCUUUCGUCCCUCGGUCUCUCGCACUUUGGUGGAUUUCUUUUCAUUUAUAGAUGUGGACAUGGAGAGAACGGCAGAACGAAAGUCUGAGUAAAUGCUGAUCGCAAAAGUUUCUCAUAUUGUGCCAUUAAAUGAGAUCUUCAAGACAAUGGAGUUGCCGUGAUCUUGCCUCUCCAUGGCAACCAUCCCAUGAAAUACAUGCUUGCAGAGCGUUUGCCCAGUAAGAACUGGGGAGGGGCUUGGCGGGCCUUUUUAAAAUAAUUGUAAUGAUGUAAAUAAUCUCACAGACCUUCGCGCACAUAUUUCUUGGACAGUUGGGAAGUGCAUUAAGAAAAAAUAAAAUGUAUUAAAAUGGUAGAGGAAUUCAAUGAAUUAUGGCAGUCUCUCCUCUGGUGUUCAUGACUUAAGAGUGUUGAGAGGUAAGCAUGGUUCCCGUGUUGAUCGCAACUCAAGACACAGCCACAAAGCAGUCACCUUUUUCUGGAAUGGAAGAGAAGACAAAACCCAAACAGAUGUAUUCUGGACCCUUGUGUCUCUUCCCUUUUCAGUGUCUUUCUGCAAUGAACUAAUCCUGUUUUCUUUUCCUGGUGAAAUAUUGUGAACUGUUUCGACUGCUUCUUGCGCUCCAUCCAACCCAUUCCCGAAGCCCAGUCGGAGCGUUUCUGUGCUUGGAUGCCGUACGACAGAGGACCCUGUCCACUCUAUAACUUUGCUCUCAGUAUUUGUUGCGCAUUGUUUUCUCUCAUCUAAAUGUACAUUUGCAAGGUGUGUGUAAUGUCCUUUUCCAAAAAUAAAAUUUGGUUUCAAUACUUAGAUGAA